UCAACCGUCAACCGUUUUGUAGUGCACUGUUUUGUCACCCCUUUUUUGCAACAUACAAAAUACACGCACACAGUCCUACGCCCGAGUGGAGGAAACAUCUUCCUGAGAUCACCUCACAACAAACGGGAUCGUUUCCAUCGUCUAGUGUUAGAAUUAGGUGAAAAACACGGCUCGUGAUCGGGUGAUAAAAUAGUGAAAGCCCUGUCAGCGGAAAUCUGUAACCAGUGCCAGAGAACGGCAAAAGGUGUGUUGCCGUGCAUUUCCUGCACUGCAGUUUGUGUACGCGUGAAAGAGGAAAGCCAAAGUGUGUAUGUUGUGUGUGAUGCGAGAAAGAAGAUCAUGAUCGGUCAGGGAAGAAAGGCAUAAGAUGCGUGAGUGAGUGCGUGUAGGCUUAUUUAUUUUCACGCCGCUAGUAAGAUAGGAAGAGGCGCUACUGUGGUUUUCUUCCCCGCCUGUUGAUGAUGAUGUGUCCAUUACGAUUGGGGUGGAUGAAGUGAAGUGGUCGCCCCCCGGGGGUGGAAGGCAUUUGCAGCAUACCAGUGCAAGAAGUGCGUGGCUGAAGUGAAACGUACGCCGUGUUUACAAAUAUUGUGCACCGCUUUUGUUUUAUUCUAUUUUACACCAUUUUUUAACACACGCCGUGCAGUGUUGUGUGCCUUGUGCCUUCUGUGAUCGUUCCGUGUGCUUCCUUGCUUCAGGUCACGCAUCACCGAGUAGGUGGCGUUGUAUGCUAUAAGAUCUCCCGGAACACGUGCAACGAACAAACGUGAAGAAUCUGACGUCGAACCUUAAGUUGAGAGAUGUUUAAGGAUUGUGUGAACAACAGAAAACUGCAUAUCUGGUGUAACACAUGUGUGACUGAAAGCGUAAUUUACACUUCCUUUUGCUCGUUUUUCCUUCCGGUAAUGGGUUCGCAAGUGCACCAACUUUCCUUUCACCGCGACAGCUAAUGAGUUUUCGUUAUACAAAGCGAAUCGACGAUAGAGAACGAAGGAAGCAAAAUCAUCCUUUGAAUAUUUUAUCACACCCUCCCCUUCCGGGGGCAGUAUAUGUAUUGCCAGAGAAUAGGCAAAAUCUAAGCCAAGGUGAGGUGUGAUAAAUCAUGUAUAAACAGUAGAAAUCAGGCACCCGAGACGAGACGGUAGCGAAAAAAUUCGGGAUGCAAUAUCUCGUCUACUUUCCGGACUGAUAGAUUAAUCAGAUCGAGUGAGCUGAAAUAUAAGAAAACAAAAAGAUAACAGCCUGGAAACUAAAAUCGGACAAAGUAAUUAACUAGCGGGGUGUCUAACAUGCACGACCUAUUUACAACCGUGCUGUCCAAAAGGGACCUAUCCCGGGCAGGCGAGCUGUUUUCCAUCGCCGACUACGAGAUUGUGAAUGAUUUAACUGAAGUGCUAGAGGAGAUUUCAUCCAUCAUCUCGCAUGAAGAUUAUCUGCACAACAGCAACGAUCAGUCGGUGAUCGAAAUCUGCAUCAACCGGGUAACAUCUUGCAUCAAGAAGACGCACACGAUUGAGAAGCACUGUGCCGGGCUGGUCAGUCUGUUGGAAACGUGUCUUCGCUACAACUUACAACCCACGGGCAAGGAUGUGGAUCCACCGCAUGCGAAGAUAUCGUCCGACAUCAUUUCCAGCAUAUUCCUGAACUACAACAAGCAAGUGGUGAUGGAGGUGACACUGCCGGUGGCGGUAAAGUUUCUCAACCAGGGCAACCUCGAGCUGUCGCGUAACCUCGCUAGCUACCUUUCAUCGGCCGCCAUCGAGUACUCGUACCUGCUGUCACCGCAUGUGCACGUCAUACUCGAAUCGCUGCUCGGUGGUAACUACGGUCUCUGCCAUGUGCUGUCGCAAAUCUACGAAGCAACACCGGAUCCCAUCAACGAUGCUGGGCCAAAGUUUGUGGAAAUUGUGCCCCGGUGUGAACUGCAGGAGCAGCUGGUCAUUCUGCAGCUGCUCGUUACGAUCGCGAAACAGAAACCAUCCUGUUUGACGGAAAGCAUUCCAUCGCUGCUGGAGCUGGCCAUGGUUCGGCCACCACUAUCAGCAGCGGCACUGCUCGUGCUGCUCAAGCUGGCCGAAUCUAAACCUAUCAAGCUGGCAGAAUAUACGGAGGCGUUCAAACAAAUCGCACACACUGUACCGCAAACGGUGGGUUUUGCAGCGCAGAUUCUCUCCGCGAUCGGACGUUGUGGAAAGGACCGGGCCCAGGUCGCGCUAGACUUUGUGCUAGAACAUUUGCCGCGUGCCGAUCGUCCGCUGCAGACGAUUCUGCUAAACGAAGCGACCAAACUGUGCACAAAGUAUCCGGUCCUGUUCACCGACAAGGUGACCUCCGUCGUACGCCAACGCCAGCUAAGCAAUAACAGUCAGAUCAAGCAGACUGCGUCCGGUGGGGUGACGAUUGUUAAUCUCAAUUCGUCUGCCACGCUGCCCACACCAGCAUCGACAGUAAUAGGCACGGCAAGCCCGACGUAUGCUGGCGGCGUCCACGGAACUGGUGGAACGGCAGCUAUCGGGACAAACGGUCCAUCCGUUGCUGGCGUUAGCAUGCUGGGCAGUAGUGCAGCUGGCUACACCCAGCAUGUGCUCGAUCACGGACGAUCGAUUGUGUCGAAAACCCCGAAUGUGGCCAUCAUAAGCAAUGGGCAUACGCACACGGGCAGUGCGAUGAUGUCGACCACCGUUAUCAACACCUCGAACGGUACGACGCUCAGUUCCACCAUUCAUCCAGCGCUGCUUACCAACUUUAUGAACGCAGCAAACGGUGUACCGAACAGUGGCACCGCAACUGCCGUGGGAAAUGGCACUACUGUCAUCUCACCGACACCACAUCACACCGGCUACACCCGAAACCGUCCAAAGCUCGGAGAUUCGCGCAGUACCGGACGGCUUCAUUCUGGCGGUGGUGGUGGCAAUAAAAGUACGACGCGUCUGAACAAUGCUGGUGGAUCGAUGGGCGGACUGCACAAGUCGCGGCUCGGUUCGUCCCAGCUAAUCAAUCAGUUCAACGGCGAUAUCGGUGCGGGUGUGUCGAUUGAUCCGGAAAAACCGUUGGCGUCCGGUGUCACCCCGAAUGGCGGACCCACGAUAGUGGAUGGUUCCGCUUCGCACAGCAUCAGCCAUCAUUCGAGCGGAAAUGUCGCUAUCAAAGGAAUGAUGGCCAGCACUGGCAGUGGCGGAGGCGGUGGUUUACUGGGAGGCAACUCGAUUCCACCGCCACUCAGCCAGCAUGUGACGAUCACGGGCGAGAACAAAUGGGGCAUACCGCAGACGAAGAUCACAUCCUGUGGCGUCACCGUGACAACGUCUCCGACACGUGCGCCCCGACCGUACUCACACGGCCCGUCCAACACGCUAAUGGGCUCAACCGGAGCACUCGGUGGCAAGAGUUCGCUCGGCGGGCUGAACCAAUCAACCGGCUCGAUCGGCAUUCAGGUGCACCAUGCAUCACCGGCCUCACCGACGAUGUUCAACAAUCAUUCGCAGCAGACGUCACCGCAGCUGACCACGACGCUAUCGCUUCAUUCGAGCGAUGAUCCAACUAAUCAGGUAAUUGUCUCCGGUCCCGCCACGGUAACGACGCGUCCACGCACGAACGAUAACCGUAGCGUAACGAUCCUGAACGCUUCCUCGACCACUACGCGCAUGAGCGUGUUCGAACCGUACCCGAUGCGUGACACCAUACAACAUUUCUGCGAAAAGCAUCUGGACAAGAUCAAGUCGUACACGGAGGCAGUGGCACACCGUAUUCCACCGCCGGCCAAAUGCAUCAUCGAGGAACGCCGCGCGAAGAAGAUGGCCAAGCUACACUUUGCGUGUCAGGUGCGCGGUCCACACUGUCUGUACUCGCGCACCAUGUUCACGAUGCGUACGCGCAACCCGCGCACCUGGAUACAUCUGAUGUUUCUCGAUCUGCAGGCACGGGCCGGCAAGAACGCGCUCAGCAGCUGGGAUCCAAGCGUUAGCCGGCUGAAACACUGCUGGGACACGCUCAAGUGUGAAAACCGAACGUUCAUAACGCUAGUCACUAGUGCGUUCCCAAACGGCAAGGAACAGGAAGCGCUGGUCAAUGAGCUUCGUCAUGCCGGGUUCUUUGACGUGUUUGAAAUGGGCCCGGUAACAACGCUUGGUCCGAGUGGUGCCGGUGGAAACCCUGCAGGAGGAACAACCGUACCGGGGGGUGAACUCCCUACUGGUGGUGGUGUGUCGGGAUCCACCGGUAAUGCGGGUGUCGGUUCGGGUACCGGUGGUGACGCGAGUGCCGCCUCAAACGGGGGCAGCACGGAAGAUCUGGAGAUGCUCCAGUGGGGUUGCUUUCUCUGCCAUCAUCCGGAGAAAGCGAUCGGAUUUCUGCACGGCAACAAUCAACCGGUGAUCGAGGGACAGCUAAAGGAGAAGAAGGGCAAAUGGAGACUGUUCCGGCGAUGGCGCACGCGCUAUUUCACACUGUCUGGCGCACAUCUAUCGUGCAAAGGUUCGGUCAGUGAGGCCGGAGGAGAAAGUAUCGACGUCAACCAGAUUCGAUCGGUGAAGGUGUCCCGGGGUGCGCGCAACAUCCCGAAAGCGUUUGAAAUCUUUACCGGCGAUCAGACACUCAUCCUUAAGCCGAAGGAUGGCAACAAGGCGGAAGAAUGGGUGCAAUGUUUAAGCAUUGUGCUGGCACACUCACAGGCACGAGAUAGUCCAACUACACGCACCAACAGUCUUCCAGCACGUAGUAUUGGCAACAGUAGAACGGUUUUCUAAACUUCUUUUAUUUUGCAAUCGAAUUUGUUAUCGAACCACACACUGGAUAAGUGGACGGCGAUCGCAUACAGGGAUUCAGCGAAAUAAUUCCACAGGUGACCGGCAAUUCCGGCAAUUAAACCGUUGAGAAAACGUAUCAAACGAAAAGACAGUCGUACUUAACGAGAUCACACAACGGCACGGUACCGGAAAUCGGUUUGUGGCGGACCGUUUAUGUAUUUAUAGGAGCAUAAUGGAGCGUAAAAGACUUGAACGAACGAAUUAGAUAGUGGAAGUGCAUUUUUAUCUGUACAGAAGUAGCAUCCCAAGAUACUACCCAUCGGUACGAAACAGACAAGAUUUCAUCGCGCUCUAAAGCCAACGUAUUUGCAACGCGGACAAAACAAUCAAAACACAUGGCUGUCAUCUUUACGAUAAAUUUAAUCGCGUAUUUCAUAUUUUCUGUUUAAGAUAUAAACUGAGUGAGAUAGUUGUACUUAAUUAGGAACGUUGGGAUAACAAAAAACCUGUCCAAAAGGGGGUAACGUUUUAGUGAGAGAGCAAGCACACGUAGCGAUUUUAAGUGCUUACAUAUACACUUACUUUUAUAUAAUUUUAAAACCAGUUAACAUACGUGUUCAGCUUAAUUGAAGAGAUUUUUCCCUGCUUCUACAUUCUUCGAACGUGUGACGUUAUCGUUUUGUAACUUGUUUCGCAUCGGUUAAGCGCCACGUAAAGCAAUAUGAUACGCGAGGAUAAAAAGAAAGAAACUGAGCAUACAUUUUAUAUUAGGGAUGAUUCGACUAUUACCUAACGCAAAAAUUGUGAAUUUUUGACCCACUCCCUCCCUACCGUAAGAAAUCGUAAUGCUGGAAGCGUCCCGCUACCUCUGUUAUUUACGUAAUAGUUUGGUGAACUCCCACACUCCCCUAAAUUCUGUUAAAAAAGAAAAUAGAAACAUAAAAAAGGACGUUAUGUUAAACGAUCGUAUCACAGUGAUUUCUUGAAAAUUAUACAGAUUUUGCUUUAUUUUUAUGUAUCUAAAAUAAUUACUAUGGAAAUAAACUUUACAAACCGUUUGUUUACAUUUCCAACAUUUAGAAA